UGAUCAUGCUGCUCAACGACGGACACGAAGGUUUGACGUCGACAAUUGCCUUAUCAUAUACACAGGUUGUGGAGCUCGCAAGCGCCUAUUGAUGGACCCUGGGUCUAGCCCUCCGCCUUCGCCCAUGAAUCCCACUUCUGAUCCUUGGGUCCUGUUAAGGUAGAGGUGACUAUUUUAACACGAAGCGGCGUCUCCUCAAUGCCAGUACAUUUUCAACCCGUAACCACUUCAUGGAACUCUGCCUGCGACACAAUGACCCUACACAAACCCUACUCAUGACCCCGGACGGCAUAGUCAUGUACCAAGUCAAUACGGCACCAGGACAAACCACGAUAAGCCGCUUCGAAAACCAUGCUCAACGCUUGAGCACCGGGCGGGUAUCUUGUGUCGUUGGCGAAGUCGAUAGUAGCCGGUUGAGGUUACACGAUAACGAGAUCCCAAUAGACAUUGUGAUGGUUUCGAGCGCGGAAGAUAUUGAAAACGUCGACAGACCUUGGACCUUUAAUGGACCAGACGAUAAGCCGUACACAUGGCAAAUUCUGUUUCGUUCUCCGGUGCUCUUUGUAUCCGACAAUGCACCCGUCCCUCUAGCACGAUAUAGACAAGCGAAACUUGGUAUUGUAUCACGAUCAAGACGAGCUUUCCUCGAAAUAUUCCCCGCUGGAAUAAAUGUCAUCGAUUUCAUAGUCGUUACAUUUGUCUCUUACGCGAAGCACCAUUGGUUGAACGAGCCCCAUCAUGAGUCCAGUCCAUCGGCAAUUUAGUCCUACAAGCGGCUGUUGAAGCUGGAUAAAUUGCGCGAAAGAUUGAAUUAUGUUUCGCUGGCUGGGUUUUGUAAAUUAUACCUGAGCUGGUGGGGUACUCGGGAAUAGCAUUCUGGCCAACUCCGAGCACUUGCUUCU